UGUCUUUGUGUGUGUGUGAAGCCAUAAAAUCUAAUAUUACGUGUGCGGUGGUGCUCUGAGGUAUGCUUCUCGUACAAGCGGCUCCCUCAGCCCUGCUGUGGUAAAGACCAAGUAUAAAUUGUCGCUAACAGGGUUUUCUCGUUAGAGUCGUGUGCCUGAAUGUCCCCUGUGAAUUAUAAUGCCUCCGGCCCUCUUGCUGCUCCUCUGCUCUGCCUGUCUUUUGGCUGUUUUGCUUGUCCUGGGGCCCUCCAUCAAAGUGUGGACAGGGGAAGGAGAAAGAGCUGAAAGCCAAAUCUGUUUCCUCUGCACUGGGCCUGCGGUGCCGAUGAGAAAAUAGAUGCAGACACGGGUUGCCACUGGACUGCAUUCAAGGUCAGCGCAAGAGAGAGAGACAAUGGUUCCUCCUUCUCAGCCUGCUGCCCCGAUGGCCAGCACCCCCUCCCUGAGCUGAAGAUGAGUGACCCUGUGUUUUAUUUCUGCUGAAUUUCUCACCAUGUUAUACAUUUGGGCAGCUUUUUUCCUUUUAAUUUACCUUGGUGAGGGUGGGUGUUGAGGUGCUGAUUUUUUUUUUUUUUUUUUUUGAGACAGAAUCUUGCUCUGUCACCCAGGCUGGAGUGCAAUGGCAUGAUCUCGGCUCACUGCAACCUCUGCCUCCCAGGUUCAAGCGAUUCUCCUGCCUCAGCCUCCCGAGUAGCUGGCUCUACAGGCACCCGCCACCACACCCAGCUAAUUUUUGUAUUUUUAGUAGAGACAGGUUUCACCAUGUUGGCCACGAUGGUCUCAAACUUCUGACCUCAAGUGAUCUGCCUACCUCGGCAUCCCAAAGCGCUGGGAUUACAGGCGUGAGCCAUGGUGCCUAGCCAGAUGUUUAAUUCUUUCAAUUCAUAGGGUGUUGCAGUCCCCAGAUAUAUCUUGUGUUUGAAGCUCUUGGCUAGAGUUAUAUUUUGAGAUGCUCUGUGGAUUUCUUUUAUCCAUGUGUUUAUCUGUUCCCCAUUCUAAACUAUAAUUUAAAAUGUGCUGUCAUCAGAUCCCCAGAAUGGAUGGGAGAAUGCACCUAAAUUGAGCUGUCAGGCACUUGGCUGCGUAACCAUGCUUUCUGGAUUGUGGCGUUGAAAGUGCCAUCCUGUAUGCUCUCUCCGGAUGGCUGUCAUAUACUUGCGUCUGAGAACAGUGUAUGGACCUGCAUGAGCACUAAUCAGUCUUCCUAGCAGACUUGCUCUUUCUCUGGUCGUAUGCCGCCAGAUCCUCUGAGAAGAGAGUGGGCCUUUCCCCUCAAUGGGCAAAGAACCAGCUUCCAUUUUAAAAGCUCUCAGAAAAAAAAGAAAGAAAAAAAAAACCACCAACAACCAAGAGCAUGUGUUUAUUGAAGAGAUGGGCAGUAGCGAACCCCUUCCCAUCGCAGAUGGUGACAGGAGGAGGAAGAAGAAGCGGAGGGCCCAGGCCACUGACUCCUUGCCAGGAAAGUUUGAAGAUAUGUACAAGCUGACCUCUGAAUUGCUUGGAGAGGGAGCCUAUGCCAAAGUUCAAGGUGCCGUGAGCCUACAGAAUGGCAAAGAGUAUGCCGUCAAAAUCAUCGAGAAACAAGCAGGGCACAGUCGGAGUAGGGUGUUUCGAGAGGUGGAGACGCUGUAUCAGUGUCAGGGAAACAAGAACAUUUUGGAGCUGAUUGAGUUCUUUGAAGAUGACACAAGGUUUUACUUGGUCUUUGAGAAAUUGCAAGGAGGUUCCAUCUUAGCCCACAUCCAGAAGCAAAAGCACUUCAAUGAGCGAGAAGCCAGCCGAGUGGUGCGGGACGUUGCUGCUGCCCUUGACUUCCUGCAUACCAAAGGCAUUGCUCAUCGUGAUCUGAAACCAGAAAAUAUAUUGUGUGAAUCUCCAGAAAAGGUGUCUCCAGUGAAAAUCUGUGACUUUGACUUGGGCAGUGGGAUGAAACUGAACAACUCCUGUACCCCCAUAACCACACCAGAGCUGACCACCCCAUGUGGCUCUGCAGAAUACAUGGCCCCUGAGGUAGUGGAGGUCUUCACGGACCAGGCCACAUUCUACGACAAGCGCUGUGACCUGUGGAGCCUGGGCGUGGUCCUCUACAUCAUGCUGAGUGGCUACCCGCCCUUCGUGGGUCACUGCGGGGCCGACUGUGGCUGGGACCGGGGCGAGGUCUGCAGGGUGUGCCAGAACAAGCUGUUUGAAAGCAUCCAGGAAGGCAAGUAUGAGUUUCCUGACAAGGACUGGGCACACAUCUCCAGUGAGGCCAAAGACCUCAUCUCCAAGCUCCUGGUGCGAGAUGCAAAGCAGAGACUUAGCGCCGCCCAAGUUCUGCAGCACCCAUGGGUGCAGGGGGAACAGCAGCACAAUGGACCUGACGCUCUUCGCAGCUGAGGCCAUCGCCCUUAACCGCCAGCUAUCUCAGCACGAAGAGAACGAACUAGCAGAGGAGCCAGAGGCACUAGCUGAUGGCCUCUGCUCCAUGAAGCUUUCCCCUCCCUGCAAGUCACGCCUGGCCCGGAGACGGGCCCUGGCCCAGGCAGGCCGUGGUGAAGACAGGAGCCCGCCCACAGCACUCUGAAAUGCUCCAGUCACACCCUAUAGGCCCUAGGCCUGGCCAGGCAUUGUCCCCUGGAAACCUGUGUGGCUAAAGUCUGCUGAGCAGGCAGCAGCCUCUGCUCUGUGGCUCCAUUCAGGCUUUUUCAUCUACGAAGGCCCUGAAGUUCCCAUCAACCCCCAUUUCCCUAGGGUCCUGGAGGAAAAAGCUUUUUCCAAAGGGGUUGUCUUUGAAAAGGAAAGCAAUCACUUCUCACUUUGCAUAAUUGCCUGCAGCAGGAACAUCUCUUCACUGGGCUCCACCUGCUCACCCGCCUGCAGAUCUGGGAUCCGGCCUGCUCUCACCGCUGUAGCUGUGGCGGCUGGGGCUGCAGCCUGCAGGGAGAAGCAAGAAGCAUCAGUUGACAGAGGCUGCCGACACAUGCCUCUUCCCUCUCUGCUCUGUCACCCUCCUCUGGCGGUCCUUCCACCUUCCUCUGUCCUCCGGAUGUCCUCUUUGCCCGUCUUCUCCCUUGGCUGAGCAAAGCCAUCCCCUCAAUUCAGGGAAGGGCAAGGAGCCUUCCUCAUUCAGGAAAUCAAAUCAGUCUUCCGGUCUGCAGCACGGAAAAGCACAUAAUCUUUCUUUGCUGUGACCGAAAUGUAUCCCUCGUUUAUCAUCCCCUUUGUUUGUGAUUGCUGCUAAAGUCAGUAGUAUCGUUUUUUUUAAAAAAAAGUUUGGUGUUUUUAACCAUGCUGUUCCAGCAAAGAUGAUACCUUAAACUCCCACUGCAAGCCCAUGAACUUCCCAGAGAGUGGAACGGCUUGCUCUUCUUUCUGGAAUGUCCAUGCACUUGGGUUUUAAUCAGCAGUUCCCUAUUAUUCUGAUUUUAAGCUGUUCCUGUGAUGAACUUAGAGACAGCAUCGGUGUCUGCUGCUGUGUCCCCAGGUCUUGUGUGGGUGGCACAGAUCUGGGCAGUUAGAUAGAGCUCUGUGCCUAAGGUGAAGCCACACUAGGGUGAAGCCUCACUUCCCUGUUUGAGCAAUGUGCUGCCCGUGUGCAUGAAGGUACAGCCAUUCAGAUAAGUGGAACUAUUGAGUUACAUAAAAUAGAUUUGCAUUUGUCAGGCAGACGUUUAUACAACACCACGGUGCUUUUAUACAUUGUGCUUAUUUUAAUAAAACUGAAAUUCUA